CCGUACUGUUGCCAAGACAAAUGUACCGACACGUCCCUGCAGCCGCCAGAAGUUAAGAGUCAUUGAAGGACGUUUUAGUUUUACACAUGCGCAAAGAGGCGCUUCAGCAAUAGCUGCAGUGACUGAAACCUAAAGCUUCAAGAAAGUGGGCGGGCAAAGACGGAGCCUGGAUUGCGUCACAUUUGUCAGCACUAACGUCAGUUUUCUGCGCAAGCGUACUGACAAAAAGCGGCACGGACGGAUGUUUAUCCUGAUCCUGCGGUGAGAGUCCUUCCGCGAUUCUGAUUGGCCUAUCGGGCAAUUGUGCAUGCCAGGAAGAUGUAGAAGCGACCAAUAAGGAAGCCCAAAGGGAAGGGCUACUGGGGUUGCCUGGAUGCCGGGAGUUGCAGCCAUUUUUGCUGCGGGGAGGCGGGGUGCUGUUAAAUGAAGCCCGGCCGCCCUCGGCAAGAGUACUACGGAUCGGGCGGCGAUCAUGUUGCGGCUCCGUUGUAAAGCGCGGAGUGGGUCCUUUCCGCUUCCCGGCCUGACGGCACAUUCCCGUCUACACGAACUCCAGGCCGUGAUCGCUGCCCUCACCGGUGUCCCCACCCAGGCCCAGCGCCUGCUGCUCGGCUUCCCCCCUUCGUGCCUCGACCUCAGUGAUGGAGAGCAGCGCCUCGGAGAGCUGGGCAUUCAUUCGGGUGAUACUCUAAUAGUUGAAGAAGAUGCAACCAAGCCCAAGACUGAUUCAUCUAUAGUUACAAAGCGGACUGUUUCUAAUUCAGUUAGAGAAGCUGUACCUGUGCUUGCCCGAAAGGUUGUUCCAGCUGACAACUCAUGUCUUUUUACCAGCAUAUAUUAUGUAGUAGAAGGUGGGGUUUAUGAACCAGGCUGUGCCCCAGAAAUGAGAAAUCUCAUUGCCCAAAUUGUAGCAAGUGACUUGGAAUCCUAUAGUGAGGCAGUCCUAGGAAAAAGUAAUCAGGAAUACUGUGACUGGAUCAGAAGAGAAGAUACAUGGGGAGGUGCAAUUGAGGUUUCUAUUUUGUCUAAAUUCUAUCAAUGUGAAAUUUGUGUAGUUGAUACCCAGACAGUCAGAAUUGAUCGUUUUGGGGAAGAUGUUGGCUAUGCUAAACGGGUGCUUUUAAUUUAUGAUGGUAUUCACUAUGAUCCACUUGAGCGUAAAAUCCCCAACUCAGACAUUCCUCCCCAGACAAUUUUUUCCACAACUGAUGACGUUGUCCUUGCACAGGCUUUGGAAUUAGCAGAUGAAGCCAGAAGAAAAAGACAGUUUACUGAUGUAAAUCGCUUUACACUGAGAUGUAUGGUUUGUCAGAAAGGAUUAACAGGACAAGUGGAAGCCAGAGAACAUGCCAAGGAGACGGGACACACCAAUUUUGGAGAAGUGUGAAUUUUCUGUGAGGUUGGUCAUGUUUACUACCUCACUGAUCCAGAACAAGCCUCCCAAUUUUUAAAUAAGCUAUAUGUAAUGUUACAGAUUCAUUCAAAGUUUGAAAGCCCUAAGUUUAAUUAUGGCUGAUAUGCACAGGGUUGCAGUUGAUAGUGUAAAAUGUUUACAAGAGUGCAUGCAGUGGUGUCAUAUUUUCCAAGGAUCUUGGAGUAUUCUUUGCACAACUGAGAACUAGAGAUAGCAAAAUAGCAACUGAUACCAACAAGUGUAUCAACUCUUGAAAAAAAGUCUUGAGCAGCUGCUGAAGAAAUUCCUCUAACACAACUGAAUAUAUACAUUGCUGUAGCUAGCUAGGCCUGCAUCAAGGACUUUAGAAUCACUGGUGAAAUAAAAAUCUCCGCUCCAUUACUGGAUUUUUGAUUCUGGAAUCUAUGAAAUAGUUAAGCUGGUUCCAUUCAUAUCUGGCAAAAUUAUUUGCGUCUCAGUUUUGUUCAUGUGAAAUGUGUAUGUUUUUGUAACUUAAAGCAGUAAUCCCAAAGCUAUCUUAUUUGAAAUUGCUGAUUUGGAAAACUGUAAAAAUAAGGAAUGCUAGUUACAUUUUCAGCAGUCUUAGAAAGUAAAGUUACUAAUAAGUUUGGAUAAUUCCAUAGUGCCUAAUAUACCAGUAUACAUUAAUUAUAUUUUUAAAAGGUGUGAUCUGUUGGGGUGUUAAUAUGUAUAAAUUAUAGGGACUUCAAAAUUAUAAGAAACUCAGCAAUAUGAAUUAGUGUAUUCAUAUAGAUAAAUAAUAUAUUGCAGCUAUAAUAUUUCAAGGGGAGGGUGUUUCAUGACAUUAGAUUGUUAAAUUUAAUGUCAAACCUUAGGGGCAGAGGUAUGUUUCCAAAUUCUCCACUUUUCUAAGUAUAGCAGUGUCCCUGAUAACUCAAAUUAUUCUCCUUGAAAGUAGUAUAUCAUAGAGAAAACCUUCAGAUGUGGAUACAUUGGAGGUAGGGGAAAGGAGGAGAAGGUAAUUGCCAACUGGGCUGGAUGUUAAAAGCAAAACUUAGUGAGCUGCAUCCAAAAUCACAAAGUGUUGGCUGUUGGAAACCAUUGUACUCUGAUCUAACACUUGAUUUGUUUCACAACUUAAGUGCACACAUCCUUUCACUGUUGUAGCUCUUAACUGAACUCAUUCACUAUUGUAAGCCUUAUAAGUGUGUGUGUAUGUUGCAUACCUACACACAAAUGCUAUUUGCUAAUACAUGUUUUAUGAAUAAUACGGUUUGCAUGUGGUAGAAAAGCUAUACUUAAUCUGGAGGGGUUUUGUAGGCAGUAGAAAAUGUAUUGGGGAUUAUCUGAAUUAAAAUAAUUUACAAAUAAAUUUAUAAGGAAAGGAUUUAGCAUUUGAGAGAAAAGAAAAUUAAAAUGUGAGAUUGUAAUGAAGUGUGAUCAGAACUGGUUUAAUGCAUGCUGACUUAGAAAUAAUUCAAAUUAUCAGAAAAUAGAAGUGGUUUAGCAAUUUUAGUUGCCAUCAAUGAAAUAGGCAUUAGGAAAUGAGUAAUUUGGAUCUAAACAUUUAAUAUUUCUUGGCACCAAAGGAUAUACUUGUACCUUUUUAGGUCCCAAAUGUAUGUAUGGUUAAUUGACUUUUGCAUUUAUUUUUAAUGUAACAUGAUCUUUAAAAUUUCAAGCAAUCAUAGGUUGUGUAACAAAUCUUGACGAAGUUAUGCUUUAGUGCAAGGAUCUGCAACUUUGUGGGGAUUAGGGAUAUAUUUGGAAUCUUGAGAACCAAGAAUAUAUUUGCAAAAUGGCUGCCAGGGAAGGUUUCUCCAAUUUACAAAAUGAAUUUACAAAAGUAGUGGACUUCCAGGAAAGUCUGUUACAACUACACUGGCUAGUUUAGAGAUAUUAAGGAUAACUCAGUUAAGACUAAUAAAGUGGUAUUUUUGCCAAAAGCCUUAAAUGAAACAACUGCAAUUAUACUUGUUACAGUAUAGGAAAAUGUUACCAACCUCACUAAGCUGCAUGCUUUUAUUGGCCCAAAAGACUGUUAGACAAGAAUAUUAUAGUACGGUAAUUUAUUUAAAGUUCUGCUUUAAAUAAUGAGAAUCAAAAGUAUAGGAAACCAUUUUACAAUUAAUAUUGGUACUGAUCUCUUUAAAGUCUUAGAUCAGAUUAGUUGAUCUUCAAAUCCUGUAUAUAUUUGGAUAUAAGUAGACACUGGAGAUUGUUACUAUCAGAGAUAUGCACACACAACUAUAACCCUAUUCAAGAAUUUUUUAUGGCUUAAUUGCCAAAUAUGGUUUGUAAAAUAGGGUGUAAUUAUAUAAAACAUGGAUGCGUAAUAUAUUAAGCAUUUAAUCUGUAACCAUAUAUCUACAUAUACUUGGAAAACAUGAUUAAAAUUAAUAAGACUUAGAGGAAGAAAAGAUAUAUUCCGAGACUUGAAUAUAGUAAUACGCUAAGGCCUUUAAACCUCGUGGUUUGGGAGGAGGAAUCAUAUUUGUUCACAGACUAGCUGAGAUUACAUUGAAACCUAGAUUCUGUAUUAAUCUCAUUUUGUUUGCUGUAGAAUUGAUUACAUGCACCUAUCAAAGGUGAUGAGAAACUGAUUUGUUUAUAUUCCAUUUAAGCAAAGGUGCUAAGGGAAACUUAUUUUGUAUAUUGUGUUCUAUUAAAUAUUUUUAAUUUUAAGAGUAUGUACUUUUUGCAUUUUUGCUUUAAGGUUUGUCUGGAGACAUGGGUUUAAAUCACACUAGCUCACUGUAUCUUAUUAAGUAAAAUUUAAGUAUUCCUUUACCAUCAGUAUUAUAACUUUUAAUAUUUAAAAUGCAGCAUGUUACUUUUUAUUGAACUAUUAUCAUAAAUAUGUUUCUCUACAGAUGCACACAUAAAGAUCAUUAGUUGCAUGGAAAUGCAUUCAAGAAUUCAAUGUUUAUAUAAAAUAAAUCCUUGGUGGAUUUAGAAAAACUAAAUGUAAUCUGACAUGUUUCAUCUAAAUAGUGGUUACCUGAAAGCUUGUAAAUUUGGACACUACAGAAUAUUAUUUCCUUUUAUUUAAAUAUUGUAAGUAUGAAGAUGGUAUCAUAUUUUGGUACCAGAUUUGGAUUAUUUUUUUUAUUUUUCAUAGCUAUAAAAGAAAAUCUUAAGCUGGUAAACAUAAUUUGCGGUAAUGGGUUGUAAUAGUUAAACAUUAUGGUUUUCUUUCCUAUUAUAAUGGCUACAAAAUUAAAUUGGAUGAUUGCUGAAACAUGACAUAAUCCAAACAAUCUCUUAUGCCACUUUUUAACUUUUCUAGCAGUGUUAAAAUUAAUAUUUUUGCUGUAGAAAAAUUCUAGUUCCUCACAUCUAAAUCAACUGGGAGAUGAAAUUUCCUAUUAUAUCAUUUAUUUUAUAAAGGAACCUAUGUCUACAUUAUCUUUAAAAACUAUUACUUACACCUUAUGGAUAUAGAAAUCAAUUCAAAUGAACUUCAAUCCGGGAGUAGAAGAAUAUAUCCAUUUUUUGUUCUGGUGCCAACUUAUAUAGAUACAGUUUAAUAUCCUUAAAAGUAUCACUAACUUUAAAAUUCUCAGAAAUUGAGAAUAGAGUGCAAUUUGAAAACUGAACAUUUAAAUGAUAACUACUAUAGAGUAAUUCUAUAGUAUUACUUGAUUGGAUUAAAUGUUGAAGAUGUGUUCCAAAUUUGCAUAUCUGGUAACAGCACCAGCAUUAACAUUCAGAAAUGUGAAAAUGUAUGUUUUAGCAUAUGGCCUUUUGUAUAUUUUUAGAUGAGAUCAGUGUAUCAAAUGCAGCACUUUAAAAAAUUGUCAAUCAUGGUUUAUCAGUUUAGUGUGCUUUAUGAAGGAAUUAAAUGGGUGCAUUAUUUUUUUGUAAACUGGCAUUUUUAAAACAUCUAAUAUUUUACAGUGGUACCAUAUAUUACAACAGUAUUUCAUGGAAAUACAUACUGAAUAUGUUCUGUUUAACAUGCUCUCUUGAGUUUAAUUAUAGCAACACUAACAUGUAACAUUAUGCAUGCAUGUCCCACUUUGUAUUAACUUGUAUUUCUGCUUUCUAUCUUUAAUAAAAAUUGAUGCUGAUACAUAUACAUACUUUACACAAGCUAUUGCAAAAUGUAUUGCAAAUUAUUAGCAAACAAUUCCAGUGUGGGUUUUUUUUAAUUAAACAACUGUUUUUGAAUUGUCUAUGGAUUUAAAUCAGUUUGAACUCUAUGAAACUGCUUUAUAUUAACACUGCUAUU